AUGAUUAUGGGCUUCCUCUUCUUGAUUUUCUUCAUCAGCCCCGUCGGCGGCGGUGCCAUUGCGACCGGCUUGCUCAGCCUGUUCCCAUUAAUCGAAGGCGGUGCCGCAGUCGGUGCGGCCGUCUACAGCGUCGUCUACGACCCAGACAACGCCUUCAUGACCGAUUUCAGCACCCUCCUAGGUGCUGGGUUCAGCCGCGGCGGGUUCCAGAACGCCGCCAACUCAGGAGCAUAA